UCUUAAUUAGUAGAUGCUGUUAUUGUGUUGCUCAUGUGUCUGGCACUGUCAUAAGCUCUUUUUUAUGUUAACUCAUUCAAACCACACACAAUCCCAUGCUGCUCAUACUGCUACGCCGUCCACAGCAGAAAGGUUUCACGACCACCUGACAGCAGAAUUGGGACUGCAGUCCAGGCACCUGUUUCCAAAGCCUGCAGGCUAUGCUGUGGCACACGGUGUCGCCUCAGCUGCCUCUGACCAUCAGGGGACGUCAUCCGUCCACAUGCUCAGCCCUGGAUCAGGCUUUGAGGGUGAGUGAGUGUAGGGGUUGAGAUAUGAGGAGGUGUCUGAGGGAAUCCGUGGAAAAAAUCACUGAAGACGAUCUCGCCAGUGUACCCCAUGCACAGCCCCAACCCACUGGGGUCCUCCUCCUGCCCACAUGCUGGAGGACCCUGAUGGUGACCACAGGGGGCUGGGGGGCACUGGGCCCUCCGUCACCUGCUGGGGACGGCCUGGAGUGCUCUCCAGGUGAUGUGCCUUUUCCCCUCAUUGGCAGAAACCUCAGCAAUCCUUGACCAUCCCUGGCCCUGCCCAGUUAAGAUUAAAAAAAAAAAAAAAUCCUCUUCUGGGCCCCAGGGCCACCUCCCACAGUGCUUUAUUGCUUUCUUGGCACCCUCGGGGAGCCUCUGCAGCCCUUUAAAAGAGACAGAGUCUGAAGCAAGAUCAGCAGCCCGGUCCUGGAGAUAAGAGUGUCCAGAAGAGCAGGUGCAGGUUUCCCAGGCAGAUCAGGCACGAGCAGGUUCCAGGUCACUUUGGCCCUGAUGUCUGCAGAGGCAGCUGUGUCUAUGUGUGACCGUGCAUUUGGCAGUGGCAAGGCGAAGGAGCUAAGCAUGGGGGGCAGGUGUCGUGGGUCCUGGUACGAGCGGUUCCUGCAGCCCUGUCUGGCGGAACUGCUGGGCUCUGCCCUCUUCAUCUUCAUCGGCUGCCUGUCGGUCAUCGAGAACGGGACAGACACAGGGCUGCUGCAGCCGGCCCUGGCGCACGGGCUGGCCCUGGGCCUCCUCAUCGCCACCCUGGGGAAUAUCAGUGGUGGACACUUCAAUCCUGCGGUGUCCCUGGCAGCCACGCUGAUCGGAGGCCUCAACCUGGUGAUGCUCCUUCCCUACUGGAUCUCCCAACUAUGUGGGGGGCUGAUUGGGGCCGCCUUGGCCAAGGCGGUGAGUCCUGAAGAGAGGUUCUGGAACGCAUCUGGGGCGGCCUUUGUGACAGUCCAGGAGUCGGGGCAGGUGGUGGGGGCAGUGGUGGCGGAGUUCAUCCUGACGACACUGCUGGCCCUGGCCGUAUGCAUGGGCGCCAUCAACCAGAAGACACAGGGCCCUCUGGCUCCGUUCUCCAUCGGUUUUGCCGUCACUGUGGACAUCCUGGCAGGGGGCCACGGAGGUGAUGCAAACAAGAGGAAGUGGGCAGGCAUUUGCAGACAGCAGGGAGUGGUGAGGCCUGGCGUAUUGAAGGAGACACCGUUGUUCACCUUUAGCAGUUGCUGUGAGGGAAUGUGGGUCUCCGGUGACCCUUCCACCAUCAUUCCAGGGAAGUCGGAAGCCUGCCUUCUUAUGUGAGCUUUUCCAUUUUUCUGUAGCAUCAAUAAAACGUUUCUGUGGGCUGGCUUGUUCAGCCAAUGGGCAGCCAGGCUUUUGCCUCGGACUCACACAGAGCUUCCACACCCUUUAACUCAUUCAGGCAUAGCCCCUCAGGGGGACCCGCGAAGGGGCUGAGGAAACAAGCUUGGGUCAGGGAUUAUUUCUCCCAUUUUAUAUAUGAGGAGCUCAGAGAGGACACGUGGACAGUGGCAAAUUAAGGGACAGAUGUGGGACAAGAGCCCAAAUCUCCCGGUAAAGAGGACAAGGGAGCCCCUUCCUAAUGUCCACCUGCUUCCUUCCUCUUGGACGCAGAACAGUCUAGCCUUUCCUGGCUCUGCCGCACACCCUUCUGCCAUCCUUUGGUUCGGAGGCGGGAUCUGGGGACCUGGGUGGGUUUGGGGGUGGGGGAGAAGGGCGCAAGGGAUGUGUGAAGCUACAGCGGUGCUUUGCUGCCUCCUAGUGGCCACUGGUUCGUUUUGCGCCAACUGACUCGCCCUUUCGACUCCCCGGCUGGGCGCGGAUUGAACCGGGCAAGGAUACAGACACCAGAACU